UCGUGCAUUUGUUUGUGACAUUCGCUGCUCAGCAGUGUCUAUCAUGUGGUUUGGGAAUGCAGCUGUGACUGGUUUCAAGCGGCAUUAGAUACUGCGAUAGAAAUACACUACUGCAUGCUCUAGCUAUUAGCAAAGUGCUGAGCUCUCUGAAGACCCACUUGCUUGUUUCAAGCAUUUAAUUCUGAGAUCUAUGGAGCUGCUGAAGAGCACCUUUGAGUACUGCCACGCUCAGCACUGAAUCCUCGUACGUGCACCAUCCCUGGUAGACUGCGCAGGAUCCGGGUGCCUGCAAGGGGAGACAACCAUUCAAACUCAUUGUGCGCGGAUAUUUAGUCAGAAACGUUUCUGCCUGAACGCCACUGGUUGCCCUUCACACUCAAGUCCUGCUGUAAAAUACACAGUAUAUCCAGAUGGGGUAACGUGAUUGUGCAAGCAAAAUUCUAUUUGUAUUGAACAGGAUUUUUAAAAAAAACUAUUAAACAAAAACUUGUUAUUGAAGUAAAAAUCUGAAAAGACAGUUUAUCACAAAGACUUGGAAACUGAACACUAUUGAAAAAACGGCUUCCAACACACGGUGACUUUUUUUUUCCUCUUCUUUAUUUGUUGGGGUUUUUUGUGGAUAUUGUAUAACCCCUUGGCCUUUUUUUGCACAAUAUUUGUGUGUGUGACUUUUUUUUUUUUUGUAAGAUUUUGAUUGUUUUCCCUAUAACGUGUGAUCAUGGCUCGUAUUAAUCGACCCGCUCCAGUUGAAGUUUGCUACAAAAACAUGCGGUUUCUGAUUACCCACAAUCCUACUAAUGCUACCUUGAAUACCUUUAUUGAGGAUCUAAAGAAAUAUGGCGCUACCACGGUAGUAAGAGUAUGUGAGGUGACAUACGAUAAGACACCAUUGGAAAAAGAUGGCAUCACAGUUAUGGACUGGGCUUUUGAUGAUGGAGCUCCACCUCCCACUAAAAUAGUUGAUGACUGGCUGAAUUUACUGAAAACUAAGUUCUGUGAAGACCCUGGCUGCUGUGUAGCUGUUCACUGUGUGGCUGGAUUGGGGAGGGCUCCUGUUCUGGUUGCACUUGCUCUGAUUGAGAGUGGAAUGAAGUACGAAGAUGCUAUUCAAUUUAUCAGACAAAAACGCAGAGGUGCCAUUAACAGCAAACAGCUGACGUACUUAGAAAAAUACCGGCCAAAGCAGAGGCUACGAUUUAAAGACCCUCACAACCACAAGAAUAAAUGCUGCAUCAUGUAACUGUUGUGACGCGUCACCAAUGCACACAGCCCGUUGGCACUGCUUUCUGUUACAGGGUUUUAUUCUGAAAUGGUUGGACUCUAAACCAUGAACUGGCAAUUAUGACUUCAUAUGAAGCCCCUUCACAAUUACUGCAAAAAUAAAGUAAAAGAUUGUAUAUCUGUACCAGAUUUUUUUUUGUUUAUUUUAUACAUCUGUAUCAGUCAUUUUCUUUCAGUGGGUAAAGUUUUUUUUUUAUGUCUGUAUUAAAUAAAUCUAUAUAUCUAGUUGAGUGCAGUACUGCCUUUACAAUUAUGAAAGAUGAAUACACAUUUUCUUUUAUUCACUGUGUUAAUUUCUUUGACUUUAUUCUGUACUCCCCCCCCCCCAAGUCUAGCUGGCAAGCUUCCCCCCCCCCCCUUCCUUACUAAGAUAGAAAGAGAAAACAUUGGGGUGGGGUUUCUCAGUGGUACACGCUUAAUUCUGUUUUUAAUCCAUUCAUGUGAAACAACUGAUUAUCGUUAAACUUUUUAAGCAAAAUGACAUCCAUAACUUCCGUAAACUUACAUGUAAACCACCCCUCUUUACACCCAUUUGAACUAGAAAUGUGUGUUUUUGUUUUUUGGGGGGGGGGUUUAUUACUGUGCAAAUGAAUUUACCCACUGAGCAUUGUGUUUCUGUGUGUACUUUCUAAUGACAAUUUCAAGCAAAAAUUCCCCUGACAAACUAACAAAGUAUGUUCCAUUUCCUUUGGAUAAAUUAUCUUAACUGUGUAAACUUGACGGUAGAUAAAAUCAGACUAUUUUCUUCUUUCCGACAUGUUUAUGUACAGCCAUUGUUGUUAAGAACUUACCUAUCCAAGUUAAAUCUACCUCUUUUCAGGGGACUGUUAUCUCACUGCAUUCUGUCCCCUGCACUGCAUUCAGUAAAUAUAGAAAUUACAGUAUAUUCAAAUUGAAAAUGUUUUACAUUAGAAGAUAUUCAGUGUAAGUGUUGUAUUUCAAAAGAUUGCUAUAUUUCCAUCAAUGAAAUAGACUUUAUAAUUAACAUUUGCAUUUCAUGGCAAUCCAUAAGUGCCAUAAAAAUUACUAUAUUAUGUCAUUUAAUUCCCAAUAUGGAGGUGAGAAUUGAUAAUCUAGUUACUGUAGUUAUCGUGUAGAAAUGUCUCCAGGUUAACCAUGGAUUAGUUAUAACCAUUACACAUGGUCUAACUAUUCAGUAUAAACCAGGACAAUGUAGAGCUAUAGUGCUCAAUUAUACUAGAUCAGAUGAUACAUUAUG